CCCAUUCGUCCGAACCCUAAGAAGCGAAAGGCCAAUAAGCGCCCCUUUCCGCACGUAGUCGCAGCCUCGCAGGGACCGGCGGGAGGAGCAGUGAGCGAGAGAGAGCGACAGAAUGGCGAGCACGACGGUGGCCUCUUCUCCGAAUCCCGAGGGCGAACCGGACGCCGAGGAGCCGAUCAAGAACACUGAACCUUUCGGUGCUACGUCCGGCCCCGUCGUUUGCGUCGUGAGGUUCGCUGGAGACUCGCUCGCUGGAGGUUUCAUGGGAUCCAUCUUCGGUUAUGGCAAAGGUCUGGUGAGUAAAAAGGGUUUAGUUGGUUCUUUUGCUGAUGCUGGUGCUUCUGCCAAGACUUUUGCAAUUUUGUCUGGCGUACAUAGUUUGGUUAGUUGCUUAUUGAAGAGAUUGCGGGGAAAAGAUGAUGUCAUCAAUGCAGGUGUAGCUGGGUGUUGCACUGGCCUUGCCUUAAGCUUUCCAGGCGCACCACAGGCUUUGGUGCAGAGCUGUCUCACCUUUGGAGCAUUCUCAUUCAUUAUGGAAGGGCUUAACAAGCAGCAUACUGCAAUGGCACAAUCUCUCUCUUCUGGUAACGAGGGUGAAAACACCGUGAAGAAUCCGAUGAAUGUUCUUCCUCCCUUCACUCUUCCUCUCCCGCCCAAUGUCAUGGUGGGUUUUUCUACCUUCUGUAAGUCCUUGCCCAAGCCGGGCAGUCACGGUACAUGGUGAAUAAUGCGAAAUGGUCAGAACAUCCAACAGGUACAUGGUAAAUGUGACUCUAUCUUUUUUUGUUUUUUUUGUUUUUUGUUUUUGUGCUCAUUAAGACUUCAAAGCAUGUAAAUGGAAAUCAAUGUUGAGUAGAGUCACAGAGGGGUGAUUUAAUCAACAUUUUAUUUACUGAUUCUGUUGCCAACUUUGCUGAUACAUGACAUCUGUAUGCUGUGAUCACUGACCCAAAUAAAUUUUUAUUUUUUUA